AUGCCGCCCAACCGCUCUGCCUCCGCGCCCGAGACGGCGGCGCUGCUCGUGUCCGUGAUGAAGGACAAUGCAGAGCUCAAGUCGGCGCUCGAGGUGAAGUCGAAGGACGUCCAGGCGGCGGAGCAUGCGCUUGUGCUGCUCGUUGAGGAGAACCAGGCGCUCGGCAAGGAGGCAAACGAGGCGCGGGAAGACGCGGAGAUGGUGCAGAGACGGCUCAAGCACACUGUUGAGAGAUUGGAGGAUGCGGAGGACGACGUCGAGCGCCUGAAGUCGGCAUUGCGGGAGCGGGACAGGGCGAUCUCGAGGCUUGAGGAGGAGAACGCGAUGCUGACGGAGGCGAAUGAGCAUCUCAGCCGGAGGAGGGAAGACCAGGACCGCUAUAAGGAGCGGAACGCGACGCAGCAACCGUCUCAAGCCCGUAUUUCGCGUUUCUCUGCACCCAAGUCCGACAAGAAGGAACCUGGAGAAGUGUCUUGGCCCAGUCCUGCCGUACCACCCCCGCCAUAUUCAAGCUCCCCAACACUCACAAAACCGUCGUUUACCCUCGACAGAAACCGAACGCUUCCUUCUACCAGCACACGAUGGAAUGCUGAGAAGCCGGCCAAUGAGCGAACAAUCCUGAACCAAUACAUGUACAGCCUGCCUCUUCCCAGCAACCUCCGCAUGGACAAAUUCGAUGAGGCCAAUGCGGUGGAGCGAUUCGAUUCCGCUGACACUAUCUAUGAGGACUUCCCCAGUAGCCGGCCCCCGCUGUUCCUCCCUGGCCGCAUGUUGUGGGUCCCACCGAGAGGAGGCUAUGAACCACGCGGAGGCCAUGCCCUCGCAUACGCGCCGACACACGAAUAUAUUGGCGAUGCUUGGCGCGAGCACACGCAUUUGACGUCGCUCGCAUCGCGCGAGGUCGACCUCUUCUUCAGCCACCACGAGCGGCUAUACUACGCCGGCGUGUACCGCGUGCUCAGCCUGCGUGGGGUCACGGGGUAUACACCGGGCGGGGAACUCCCGACCUCCGAAAUCUCGCAGCCCGCGCUCUUCCGCGCGAUGCACGUGCGCCAACACGCGCCCGAGGACGUCGCCAAGCUCCGGCGGAACCCCGCGUUCGGCGACGGGCGGCCGACGGUCGAGUGCUUCGGGCUGCAGUUUCUGCGCUACGACGACCGGGUAAGGGACACGCUGUGUGCGCGGUUCGCCGGUGCGGCGGGGCGGCUGCAGGACCGCAUUGGCGGGAAGCGCAGAUGGGACGAGCAGGCGGGGGAGGGGGAGGGGGCGACGGGGAAGAAGGCAAAGUCCGAUGGCAAGCUGUACGAGAAUAAGGUGUGGGUCCGCCCGGGGCUGAAGUAG